AUGGGCUGGCCAGUGUGUAAUACCACAGAGACCGAAACAAUUGAGGAGAUCGCACUCUGGGAUGGUGGCAUUUCAUUUCAUCUCCUCGCGCUCUUGGUGGGCGGCGCUUGCGCUAUUAUCGCCUGUCUUGUAUCUUUCGCCCUGAUUAUGCUACAUGCGACACAUUACAGCAAGCCGAUCGAACAGCGACAUAUUAUCCGCAUCCUAUUCAUGGUCCCCGUCUAUUCCCUUGUCGCAUGGCUUAGCAUAUUCUUCUACCAGGACUCCGUCUACUUUGAGGUUCUCGGCGACUGCUACGAAGCGUUCUGUAUCUCCGCCUUCUUCUCCCUCAUGUGCCACUAUAUCGCCCCGGAUCUGCACAGCCAGAAGGAAUACUUCCGUGGGAUUCAUCCGAAAGAAUGGCUCUGGCCGUUGAAUUGGUUUCAAAAGACCUGGGGUGGCGAGCGCCUCUGGCGGACUCCGCGCAGUGGAUUGACAUGGUUCAAUAUUGUCUGGGUCGGGGUAUUCCAAUAUUGUGUCAUGCGCGUUCUUAUGACCAUUGUUGCGGUUGUCACGCAGGCUUUUGGGCUUUACUGCGAGGCGUCGCUGAGUCCCGCGUUUUCGCAUAUCUGGACCAUCGUCAUCGAAUCGGUCUCUGUCACCAUCGCCAUGUACUGCCUAAUCCAGUUCUACCAACAGACCAGUCAAGACAUCAAGCAAUAUCAGCCAUUUUUGAAGAUCGUGUCAAUUAAGCUCGUCAUUUUCCUGUCAUUCUGGCAGUCAACACUCAUCAGUCUUCUAGUUUCCGAGGGUGUUCUUGCAUCGACUGAAAAAAUCGCCCUGAACGAUUUCAAAGUUGGGCUCCCGGAGCUGCUGAUCAACAUUGAAAUGGCUAUAUUUGGUAUACUCCAUCUCUGGGCCUUCCCAUGGGAGUGCUACGCCCUCUAUAACCUGCCAAGUGAAGUGACCGAUUUCUACGGCAACGGCAAGGUGGCAUAUCAAGGUGGGCGCUACGGUGAAAGGGCCUUGAUUGAUGCCAUGAACCCAUUGGACCUUCUCAAAGCCAUCGGUCGAAGUGCCCGCUGGCUGUUCGUCGGCCGCAAAAAUCGUAUGCUGGACCCCAGUUAUCACGUACAAGACCAGUCACUGGGCCUCCAGCCACCCCAAGAUGGCCGCGAACUCACCCAACACGGAACUGGCACGCCUGGAGGCGUAAUGGGCCGCUAUGGGGACCGGCCCUACGAAGAGGACGAUGUGCUUCUGGCCAACGCGCAAUCCAACCCUGAGAUAUCGCUCACGGGCACUUCGCCGUAUGCGUCGGACCUCGAUGAGUUCCAAAACCCGCCAACAAGAUUCUACGAGCGAAGCCCGUCAUCUUAUGACGAUUCCAGUCCUGACAAUCUGCAGUCGGAAUCGCCGAUCCGCGUUUCCUCGCCCAACGGUCCUCUCCGCGAGCAAUUCCCUAUACCCAUUCCGGAUCCUUACCAUCCUCCUCCUCCGUAUCAUCAUUCAUGA